GAACCAAAUGUCACACCAGAUAAUUGAAGCUAAGCGCUCCGGUAGAAGUUUAAAUGUUAACAGCACAUUAUGAAUCGUUUAGCUGCUUUCUGGGCCUAUCUUUGCCUUUUGCAGGUCAUUCGGUGCGUUGUCUCCCUUUCCCACCUCCAGGACAAGCCUCUGCCUGCCUGUUUGCCUGCCUGCAGCGCUGCUGCCCCCCAGCCCCAGAGAGCUGGUGUAAAACCCUCCUACCCGCUCUCUGAAGGGCUGGCUUAGAGGCGGAAGUUUCAUCUCGACUCACUUCAGUUCUUGGAAACUGUGAGAACCGUCGGACAGAAGUCGCUCAGUUCUUUCAACGCAAACCCCGCUUCCUGAAGGUGCAUCAUGAGCAGCAGCUACAGCGUCUCCCUGGCUGGCCCUGCCCCGUGGGGCUUUAGACUGCAAGGAGGGAAGGACUUCUGCCUACCCCUCACCAUCUCACGGCUGACCGAAGAGGGCAAGGCAGUCAAAGCCGGGAUGAACACUGGAGAUAUCAUUCUUUCUAUUAAUGGGAUUUCUUCUGAAGGCAUGAAUCACCUUGAGGCUCAGAACAAGAUUAAAGCCUGCACAGGCAACCUCAGCCUCACUCUAAAAAGACCCUCCACUGUCUCCAAAGAGGAAACGCACAAGGAAGAGCCUCAGGAAAUCAUUAAGCCUGUGCCGAUCACUCACCCUGCACCAAGCACCACAUACACCAAGCCACCCAGCCAGCCCUCUCCUCUGUACAACAAGACGGCUCGGGCAUUUGGGGGGGGCGGCAGCGGGGUUCCUGCUUCUUCCUCCCCAGCUGCUCCAAAAGUUGCGUCUAUUCCUUCCGAGUCAUCAGCUUUCACCCCGGCCGCUCCCUCUCAACCUCCACAGCCUCCGUUUGCUCUGAAGUCGAGCCUCUCUGCUUCUGAUUCGGCCGCAGUAAACUUGGCUCCUAAAAUCAGCCCCGGCCGCUCCGCCUUCACCUCCCCGUCUGCCUCAUCCACCUCAUCGAACUCCUCAUCUUCACCCAAAGUGAUGGCCCCCCCCUCCCAUCCUAAUGUCCCGCAGCCCUCCGUCUAUAACACACCUAUCAACCUGUACUCCAAUGUCAAUGCUUGUGAAGUGGCUACUGGACAGAGGCGAGGCCUUUUGGAGAGCCAGGGCCUUUCAGAGCAUGUCAAUGGGAAAGUGGAUGUGGAGCUUGAAAAGAGGGAGUCCCCUCUGAGCGACGCCAGCAAGAAGCGUCUGAUUGAGGACACGGAGGACUGGCACCCACGGACCGGGACCUCCCAGUCUCGCUCCUUCCGCAUCCUCGCACAGAUGACCGGCACAGAGAAAGAACAAAUGCCAGAAAAUGGAAAAAAAGAAGCUGUUGACAAAAUCACUCCGGCUGUUCACACAUCACCUGCUGCAAAAACAUAUUCCAGUUCUGCAGCAGCACCAAGGAAUGGCAGUGUUGUCCCUGGUUCUACAUUUAAGACUCCUGUCGCUCAGAACAAAGCCUCCUUCCAACCUGGAGGUCCUUCAGGGUUUGCUAAGGUGGGAGCAGGUCCCUCGUUUGGCAAAAUAGUCAGUCCUCCACAGAAAGGACCGGACCGCCCCAAUCCACAGCCGCAUCCUGAGGAUCUGAACUCUUUGGUGCAGCGUGCUGAGCACAUCCCUGCUGGUACUCGCACCCCGAUGUGCUGCAACUGCAACAAAGUCAUCAGGGGCCCUUUCCUCGUGGCCAUGGGCAUGUCCUGGCACCCGGAGGAAUUCAACUGCGCUCACUGCCACUCCUCCCUGGCAGAACGGGGAUUCGUUGAAGAGAAGAACCAGGUGUACUGUGUGCAUUGCUACGAGCAGUUCUUUGCUCCUACCUGUGCCAGCUGCAACCAGAAGAUCCUCGGGGAAGUCAUGAAUGCCCUAAAGCAGACAUGGCAUGUGGCCUGUUUUGUCUGCGCUGCCUGCCACCAGCCAAUCAGAGGCAACAUGUUUCACAUGGAGGAUGGACAGCCGUACUGUGAAAGAGACUACUACACCCUGUUUGGGACCAACUGCCAUGGCUGCGACUUCCCCAUCGAGGCCGGAGACAAGUUCCUGGAGGCGCUGGGAUUCACCUGGCAUGACACCUGUUUUGUGUGCGCGGUUUGCUCCACGAGCCUGGAAGGGCAGCCUUUCUUCUCCAAGAAAGACAAGCCGUUGUGCAAGAAACAUGCUCACUCCGUCAACAUCUGAUCUUGACUAUGGAUGUAGAUAAAAUAGGAUUUUAUCAUAUUAUAGAUUAAUAAUCAAACAAAAAACAAUCUGGUCUACCAGUUUGUGGAUUCUGGUAACUUAAAAGCUGAUGAAACAAUUCACAUUAAGGUUCAUUUUCUUUUUUUUUUUUAUAUAUCUAGUAUAGCUUUGGUUUGGUGUUCUAAUUGCUUUUAUUAAUUCUUUUCCGAGUCCAUUUCAAUCCACUGUUAGCAUUUAGGCGAGCUUUAAUAAUACAAGAAUCGGAGAGGGGACUAGAAAACAUGCAGUGACCUACUGAGCCCUUUAGGGUGUCAUUAGAAAACACUUUUUCUGGUAAAAGCAAAGCUAUUGCAAGACUUGAAAAUCACAAUUAUUUAAUGUUGAGUAGAAAACAUAUUUAUGAGUAAGCCAAUGUGUUCUGGAAGCUUAACGGGAAGUGUUAUUGUUUGUAUCGACGUAUAUAUAUUUUCUUACACAAAAGUAAUGUGCAGAAUUGUGCAGGUUUAAUCAUUCAUUUAGGUGUUUUUUUUUUAAACAUUCAGCAAUGACUAAAUAGUUUCAUCAGCAGACUGUUUGGAUGAUGUGUUGUGUUCACGUAAUAUGCAUAAAAACUGUUUUCCGCAAGCGCCUUUCAUUAAAAUGCAAUUUUUCAAAAAUUUAGAUUUUUCUGUAAUCUUGCCAUUUCAAUCAGGAAUUUGAUUUUAGGGGAAUUUGCUUGAUGAAAUAAAGUAUUUUUAAUGGGUAAAUAAGAA